GUUACUUUAACAGUCACUGGGCCUAAUUUUCCCAUAAAAAUAUCAGAAGUCUGCGAGUUAAACAACCGAGUCGAAGCAAGGAAUCCGAUUUCCGGCGGAAAAAUGUUUCUAAGGAGGGUGGCGCGGCCGCUAAUGAUGAUGGCGAAAGUGAAGGAGACCACGGGGAUAGUCGGUCUCGACGUGGUGCCCAACGCCCGUGAGGUGCUUAUCGGCCUCUACAACAAAACCUUAACGGAGAUCAAGGCCGUGCCCGAGGAUGAAGGAUACCGUAAAGCCGUUGAGAGCUUCACGCGCCAUCGCUUAAAGGUCUGCCAGGAGGAAGAAGACUGGGAGACCAUCGAGAAACGCUUAGGAUGCGGCCAGGUCGAGGAGCUGAUUGAAGAAGCCCAGGAUGAGCUCAAGCUAAUCGGUCACAUGAUAGAGUGGAACCCAUGGGGUGUUCCAGACGAUUAUGAAUGUGAAGUUAUUGAGAAUGACGCUCCAGUGCCUAAGCAUAUCCCCCUGCAUCGACCCGGUCCUCUUCCUGAGGAGUUCUAUAAGACAUUGGAGGCUGUUAAUACUGGCACUUUAGAGGAUGCUGUUUCAAAGAAGGACGAGCCUGCAAUUACUGCCGGUGAAUCACAAUCAAAAUAGUGCCCUUCUGUUCCCAUUAGUUGUUGUGCUAAUCGACCAACUCCAAGGUUUUCACUUAGAACUCUGAAUCUGGGGUUUUGAUGAUAUGUUUGGCGUCUCUUGUUUAUGCUUUUCUAAUACUUGUUUGAUCGGCGUUUCUUUGGGAUUAAGGGUACCAAUGAGAGAGCUCAAGUUUUAGUUAAUAAUUUCUAGUGGACUUGGGUUUAUGAUGAUUGAUUUAGUUUAUGUUUAUCUUAGCAUCCUAGUGAAAACAAACCAUACAUAUAUUGCAAUAAAGUAAUACCCUUUUUGUGUGA